AUGGGCCGUACGCCGGCCUACAUCUUUGUCGUCAGGCACGGCAACCGCCUUGAUGCCGCCGACAAGAAAUGGCACCUUUCGUCCCCUACUCCUUACGAUCCUCCUCUGACUUACGGCGGUUGGCUGCAGGCCAGAGCUGUUGGUAAUCAGAUUUCCAGCAUCCUCGAGCAAUCCAAAGCCGAAUACGAAUCGAAUUCCAAAGAUACAAAGAGGCGCCGUCGAUUUAAAGUCGUCAUCCAUAGCUCACCCUUCUUACGAUGCGCCCAAACAUCCAUUGGAAUCAGCUCUGGACUCGCCCAGACUCCCCAUGAGUCGCCUCAUCGUCCAAACGACAUCUUCGUUUCUGCUACUGGUCCGCCAAAGCACUUCCGAUCUACGAUAUUACGUCUUGAUUCCUUCCUUGGAGAAUGGCUGUCCCCUGAAUACUUCGAACACAUCACUCCGCCCCCUGGCGCGGCUCUCAUGCUCGGAAGCGCAAAGGCUGAAUUGCUGAGGCGCGAAGAUUACAGCGCCCUGACGUCCGCAUCUGCGCCCACUCCCAUGCCGCACAGAGGCUCUACUGCCUCUUUAUGGAAUGGUUCGCCAGCCGCCAGUCCGUCUCUUGGACCCAUGAGACCAGGGUCCUCAGCGGAAGGCUCAUCAGGCCCAGCCAUGGCAGCAGCUUUGACAGGCCAGCUUGCUAGCCAACUUACGAAGAAGGGAUACACAGUUCCAAAGCCCAACUACGCCAUUUCGAGUUCUGGAAAGAUUCCUGAUGGGUUUGUGGCCCAUGCGCGUGACGAGUGCGUAGUGGUGGAUUACCAAUGGGAUUCGAUGAGAGCUCCACUGGACUUUGGAGAUGGCGGCCAGCUGGGAGAGGAGUGGACAGACAUGCACAAGAGGUUUCGACGAGGUCUCAAGAAGAUGGUGGAUUGGUACGCUACUACUGAUUCACCUGACGAGAUGGUCACACAAGCUGCUGGAACCUCCCAGGCAGGAAAUGACGAUAAUGAAAUGGCCUCCGAAGAUGAGGAUGUGGAGACUGUUGUUAUCCUUGUAUCUCAUGGCGCUGGGUGCAAUGCUCUGAUCGGAGCCAUCACCCAUCAGCCCGUGCUUAUGGAUGUUGGCAUUGCAUCCAUCACGAUGGCAGAACGGAAACAAGAUGCCGACUACCAUGCUCUUCUAGCCGCAUCAGCCUACGAAAAGGAGCCUCAUGUCUCGCCCCAUCAAAUGUACGAUAUUCGAAUGUCUGCAAACACCGAGCACCUGCGCUCGACCACUUCGACUCCGGUAUCUGCUAGAUCAAACGCCGCCGAUUCAUUCCCCACCACUAUCCGUGGCCGCAAGCCCAGUAUCAGUGAUGAAGAGGGCCCUGGUCCACUUAUUGGGUCCUUUGUCUACUCGGAUCCUAUUGUACCUGGGGGCAGUCGCAGUGCUUCAGCCAGUGCGGCCUUUGGAUCAUCGAUGCGCCGAACCUCGGGCUCUCAGCGACCCCUGAACCGCGUGCCGAGGCUUAGCACGGCGGCGGCGGCGGCAACAACAGAGAAAAAUACGGCAAAGGGUGAAACAACCCCGAGGAGUAACUCUCCAAGCACGGGCACACCUUCGUUCGGCUUGUGGACUCCCCGUUCCUCGUCCCUCAGGCUGAUGGAUGAUGGCAGUGAUGACGCUUCUGAUAAGGAAGACUUUGAUACCGUCUUGCCCAACUUUGGCCGUUUUGAUAAUACGACCCAGAGCAAGAAGGAUGGACCCUUGACCUCGACCACUGAGGUCGCCUCAAGCCUCCCCGUUCAAUCAUCUUUGCCUUCUCGUUUUGAGCUAAAAUCGACAAACUCUUUGACUAUGACCCUACCACCAGCCGCAUUUUCCUCAUUGACUUCAUUCUCGUUUCCCUCUAGCGGGGAAACCACCCCGAAGGCUACCCCUCGAGGUCCCAUACUGUCGGGCCCGAUACGAAUAAUGACAGACGUUCUACAUGAUCACGAUAACCCUGUCGAGGAGCUCCCGAUUGGGCAGCUCGGGGACGGCUUGGGCGGGCUUUGGGGACUUCCUCGGCCUCCUGGUGAGGCAGAGCGGUACCGCGACGUGAGUCUUUCCAAACGACGCUGGACGACUACCGAGCGUGCUUAA